AUGGGGUUACAAAUGGAGAUCAUCCGAGUUCUUCAUCAUCAACGCAACCGCAACCGCUUUGCUAACUGGACGGACAUGUUCCUGCAUCAGUUUCUUGUCUCGAUCCUGCCCUUCGUUUUAGAGCAUCGCCUUGGUCUUGAACCCGAACUCAUUCAGCGCGUGAGUGUUACCUUACUGGCGGAAACGGCUUUGGUUUCAUUCAUCGUCACCCCGGUGAUUGGUUGCUUUUCUGAUCACUUGGGAGCGCGAACUUGGCUUCUGCUUGGCCUGUUUGGAGAAUUGGCUGGUUCUGUGAUCAUCGCUUCGGCUCAUUCAUUGUUGACGCUCUUCUCCGGACGCUUCGUUCAGGCAGUGGCCAAUACGAUCGUUGGUGUCCUUGGAAUAACCCACCUGACGAAGAAUACUUCGUCAAAUGGAACGGAGAAGAUUUAUGGAAUUCUUACCGUCUCCUUGACUGCAGGAUCAUGUGGAGGCCCCCUGAUGGCUGGGGCGAUAUUUGACCUCGCCGGAUAUUGGGCCGCGUGGACGAGUGCAUUUGGUGCAAGUGUGAUUGGCUUUGUGCUGCAGAGUCUGAUGCUGGUACAGCCGCAAGACACGGAUCAUGAGGUCAAAUACGUUGCAGCACAGGCGAACGUUGGAGAAGACCUAAGCGAAGCCAGUCCUUUACUCGUGUCCUCAUCAGCUCCCGAUCUCUCCGAAAUGUCCGGCCACUUGAAAUCAACCAUCAGCAAACUUGAUUUGCAAUUCUAUACCUGCCUCCUCACGAAUCGCCGCUAUAUUGGCGGGGUGCUGAGCUCCAUCUGUUAUGCGAUCGUAUCCCUCAGCUUUGACACGACACUUCCGAUUCAUGUUGGUGAAGUGUUCCAGUGGGGCAGCUUGCAAACUGGAAUCCUCUUUGCUAUAUUGCAGGGACCGAAUGCUUUCUUCAGCAUCCCCGUGAAAUGGCUGAAGGACCGAGUAGGAUCACGUUAUCCUACUUCUAUCGGGUUCUUAGGGCUGGCAGGCCUCCUGUGGCUUGCUGGCACUCCUGGGGAUGACCGGUUUCCCUGGGCAAACCUGGGGUAUCGAGGUCCCAUGAUUUACGUGGCCGCCAUCGCCGCCAUGGGGAUAUUCAUGACGUUGUUGAACGGCACUGGAACGAUGGAGUCUGCAAACGCGGUUCGGGAUAUUGAAACCCACCAGCCCGGACGCUUUGGUGAAGAAGCGCAUUCCCAGGCUCUGUUGAUCAGUCGUUUAAGCUGGAUAUUUGGCUUAUUCCUGGGGCCUAUCCUGUCAGGGCAGCUCACGGAGAAAGUCGGAUAUCAUGACAUGACAUGUAUACUCGCCACAAUGUGUCUGCUCUGUGCAGUCUUCGCUAUCUGGAAUCUCAAGUCGUGA